CUCCACUAACCCCGUGCGCGAUCUUUCCAGCUUUCGCGAGUGCUCGUCCCUCCAUUCAGCCCCACCGGUCCACUCCACCACCACGCCUAGCUAGCCUUUUCGCCUUUCGAGAAAAGACUCCUGUCCAAGUCCUCUUAGCCUUAAGCUGCCCUGCCAUGGGUGUUUGAUCGGCACUAGUACUAGUAGCUCGCAAGCUAGCGAGAAGGCCGGCCAUGUGUGUAUAUAAGAGAGGCAUGGCUUCGAUGAUGGAGCUCUCCAAGGAGUAGUGGAGGAGACCGACGAUCUGUAGUAGUGUUCAGUUCUCCUGGGCGGUCCCGAGCUAUGUGGGCGGGCGUGCUGUGGCUCGUGCGGCAGGGCCUGCGGCGGCGGCGGACCGCGCGGGUUGCGGACGAGAGCGCCGCUGCCGCCGAGGGCGGCCGCGGCGACGUGGCGGCGGCGCGCGGCGCCGUCGGCCUGGGCGACGGCGAGGGCGAGGGCGGCGCCGGCGCGGAGGAGGCCUGGGCGGCGGCGAGCGGGUGGCGCCCCGCGCGCGCGGCCGACGAGGUCGGGCACCUCACGGUGCGCGAGAGCUUGCGCUACGUCAUCUACGCCUGACGCCCGCGCGCCGUGCGCGCGCAGGGGCACAAGACAGAUACAUGUAACCAUUGCUUGCCCGUGUCCUAAUUCCUAACCAACCGAGAGAUCGUAUGUAUGCUCCUGUAAUAAUCUACAGACACUAGAUAGCGGUUAAGCUGCUGCUCUUGCUCGACGAUUAGUUCUUCCCUUAGUUCUUGUUCGUGCCUGGAUGCCGCGUGGCAUCACAAAACUGAUCAAAAACUGUGGAGACUUGGAGAGGGCAACGGCUUCGAACAAUCGUCCGGCAACGUUGGCAACCGUGCGAGUGAAGCAGCGAACUGGCCAAGCCAGCAGGGGGAACCGGACCAGGAAACGCUGGCCACGCCGAGCCCGAGCGAGCAGGGGAUCACCGUGCGUCGGUGCGCUUGACUUUGCGCAGACCGCAGAGAUCAGACGCAGCGGCCACUAGCUAGGCCCUGGCCGACGAAAAGGUUGCCGGGAAUUCCUCGGCGCCUCUUCCAAAGGAUGACAAGGGAACGGUGACCCGUGGCUCAACCUUUCAGCCACAAGAUAAGCCAUGGCAAUGGGCAUGUUGCUCAACCUUUGAGGCGGAACCGAGAAGAAGAUGAAGCCGGGGUUCACACGAGCGAGAAGGAUCAGUUUUUUUUUCUAUAUAACUGACGUCAACACAUGCAACAAAUUUUGAAAUUUUUAAAAAGUUGCAGUUCUUGAACCGGGCAUCAAACUCAAAUUAUGGUGGCACGAUUGUGUUUCUUUCA